GCGUUCUCCCGAAUCGGCUACCCUGUGGGAUCUUGCACUGCCGGCAGGCUUCAAUGGCGGCCCAGCCAGUGUCCCGGGUGGUGCGGCGGGUCCUGAGAGCCGGCGUCCGAAGCUGCAGCUCUGGGGCUCCGGUGACGCAGCCAUGCCCUGGGGAGCCUGUCGUGGAGGUGCCGUCCAGGCCGAGGCCGUUCCUGAGGGAGGGCGCCGCCCCCUUCUCCGCCUUCCUCAUCGACAGCUUCGGCCGGCGCCACAGCUACCUGCGGAUCUCCCUCACCGAGAGGUGCAACCUCAGAUGUCAAUACUGCAUGCCCGAGGAGGGGGUCCCUCUGACCCCUAAGGCUGACCUGCUGACCACAGAGGAGAUUCUGACCCUGGCCCGGCUCUUUGUGAAAGAAGGCGUGGACAAGAUCCGGCUCACGGGCGGGGAGCCGCUCAUCCGGCCGGAUGUGGUGGACAUCGUGGCCCAGCUCCGUCGCCUGGAAGGCCUGAGGACCAUCGGCAUCACCACCAAUGGCAUCAACCUAGCCCGGCUGCUGCCUCAGCUUCAGAAAGCUGGUCUCAGCGCCAUCAACAUCAGCCUGGACACUCUGGUACCAGCCAAGUUUGAGUUCAUCGUCCGCAGGAAAGGCUUCCACAAGGUCAUGGAGGGCAUCCACAAGGCCAUCGAGCUGGGCUACAGCCCCGUGAAGGUGAACUGCGUGGUGAUGCGAGGCCUGAACGAGGACGAACUCCUGGACUUCGUGGCCUUGACCGAGGGCCUCCCCCUGGAUGUGCGCUUCAUCGAGUACAUGCCCUUUGACGGCAACAAGUGGAACUUUAAGAAGAUGGUCAGCUAUAAGGAGAUGCUGGACACCCUCCGGCAGCAGUGGCCGGAGCUGGAGAAGCUGCCCGAGGAGGAAUCCAGCACAGCCAAGGCCUUUAAAAUCCCUGGUUUCCGAGGCCAGGUCAGCUUCAUCACGUCUAUGUCUGAGCAUUUCUGUGGGACCUGCAACCGGCUGCGAAUCACGGCGGAUGGGAACCUCAAGGUCUGCCUCUUCGGGAACUCAGAGGUGUCUCUUCGGGACCACCUGCGGGCAGGGGCCUCUGAGGAGGAGCUGCUGAGGGUCAUCGGGGCUGCAGUGGGCAGAAAGAAGCGGCAGCACGCAGGCAUGUUCAAUAUCUCCCAGAUGAAGAACCGGCCCAUGAUCCUCAUCGAGUUAUUUUUGAUGCACCAAGAUUCCCCACCAGCCCUUCAAAGCACUUUCAGGAACUCUCUCGGUGUUCAGGUUCUGAGGCGCAGAGUGAAUUUCUCCAGCCAGAUGGUGACUUUAUGGAAAGGAGGCGGGGUCCCCCAGGCCCCUCUUCUUGCCCAGCUGGGGGCCAGCCUCCCUCAGAGACACUUCAGUUCCCACCUGGACUCAGAUGCCAACCCAAAGUGCCUUAGCCCAACAGAGCCUCGGGCUCCUGCUGCUGCCUCAGGACCUCUGCCAGCCUCUGACCAACUGACCCACGUGGACACAGAAGGACGGAUGGCUAUGGUGGACGUGGGCAGGAAGCCAGACACAGAGCGGGUGGCCGUGGCCUCGGCUGUGGUCCUCCUGGGGCCCGUUGCCUUCAAGCUCAUCCAGGAGAACCAGCUCAAGAAGGGAGAUGCCCUGGCGGUGGCCCAGCUGGCAGGCAUCCAGGCGGCCAAGCUGACCAGCCAGCUGAUCCCUCUCUGCCACCCCGUGGCCCUGAGCCACGUCCAGGUGCGGCUGGAGCUGGACCACGCGCGCCAUGCUGCGGUGAUCCAGGCAUCUUGCUGGGCCCGGGGCCCCACUGGGGUGGAGAUGGAGGCCCUGACCUCUGCUGCUGUGGCCGCCCUUACUCUGUAUGACAUGUGCAAGGCCGUCAGCAGGGAUAUCGUGUUGGCAGAGAUCAAGCUCAUUAGCAAGACCGGGGGUCAGCGAGGGGACUUCCACCGAACAUAGAGCUCCUGCCCCCGCUCUCACCCCCAGGCCGGCAAGGUCAAGCAAUGGGAUGUGAUUUCAACCCAAGGGAAAGAGGUCAAGUUCCUUUCACCAGUUACCUUCAGCCAGUAGGAACCUGAAGCCAGCCCACCCCUUCACUGCUAGAUGACCUUCACUGACCUUCAGGGUUUCCUGUCUUCCAAGAGGAAACCAGCAGGCCCUUCAGCCUUCCUGAACCCUAAGGUUGUGCCUGGGAGGGUUAUCUAACCUUGCUAGAUAAUCACAGUGUGACUUGUGAACUCUUGGAGACAAUCCGUCGAGGCCAUGACCUCCACUUCUCGAGUGGGUUUUCUCUUCUCCUCCUUUUCCCGGGAGGAACAAGGGCUCAUAAGCAGAGGAACCCGCUCUGAGGAAGGGAGUGCGGCUUGCCCUGGGAAUGGAUCACUUAACUGCAGCCCUGGCCUCUCUGCCGUGCUCCCUCGAAAAAGCAGGUUAUCCCCCUCCCAUUGCCUGAGUCUGUCCCAUCAGACAGACUUCCAGCUUAUCAGUUGCACCGUCCUGCAGCUUCUUGCCUUGGCCCCUCCUCCUCCUGAGCAGUAUCCCCCAUGGGCCACAGCCCCGAAGCCUCCUGACCGAGCACACCUUCUAUACGCCUUCAUCUUGGGACACUCCAGGCGGGGAGGAGCAGUGGAGCUUGACUUCACCCUCACCACGCACAAAAUAAAGCCACAAUUCCAGCUUUGGAGAUGUGGGAGUGAGGACUGUCUGUGCCGAGGGCACGGAGCCGUGAUGUCGGGUCUCCCCAGCUGCGCAAAGCCCUGCCCCCUGGGGGAAGAGAUGCAGCAGAGAUGCUGGAAAAGCCAAGGGGCAUGCUCUCCGUGUGCCCCCGCCUUCCCUGGGGGAGAAGGGAGGCACAGAGCGGGAGGCAUGGAGAUGCAGCGUCUCCCGUAGCACCGUCAGCUGGGGGCGUCCGAAGCGCCUUCUGUCACCGAUAGAGGUCAGGGGUGCAGUUAGAGACUCCUAGUUUUCACAUCCCCCCCAAAACACCGGACACGCUCGCUGGGCUCUCUCGACGUGGGUAGGUUCCUCUGGUUCUCAUCUUAGUGUGACCCGCCCUCUCACCCCACUUUACCUGCCUCCCGUCUGCCCUACACCCAGGUCUGCUGGUAAACCAUUAACAGCCACCCAGCUCUUAGACCUUGGAGACUGGCCUUUUCUUUUCCAAGUCCUCCCACCUUGGCUGAUUUCAAGGUACUGUACGGUGUGAGCCGGCUUGCGGAAUCCCUGAGUCUGGAGCAGUUGGUGCUCCUAGCGCUGGUAGGAUCUGGUCCCAGCAACCCACGGGCUCUGCCCCCUCCCCAGCAGCCUCACACCCCCACCUGGGAAGGGGGCACAGGUUUCAAGGCAGGCUAGGUGAGGGUGGUACGGAUUUAAUAUUUUUUAGUAUUACAAUAUAUUCUUAUAAAAAAAAGGUGCAGGCGAAAAGGACACUGCAGAUUUUGUACAUUAGCCUCAUCUGUCGUCUGAAAGAGCUGGUGAAAACAGCCUUAGUGUGGAGGUGGUAGAGGUGGGGGAGAUGGUCAUGCUCCCCCCACCCCACCAGUGGGUGCAAAGUGGGAGGGUGAAGCCUGGAUCAGACCCUUCCCCAGCCACCUGGAGAAUUUUUUCCUCCUGCUGUCCUAAACACACCCUACUUCCAUCUCUGAGAGGAGGGGGUGGGCGGUGGGUGCUGCUGCUGAGAAAGGGACAGGUUGCAUCAGGUUAAUUGGAAUUUUACACUGGACACAAAAUAAGACAGCUAAAGAAAUUAACCCAUAGGUGGCAGGUGGUGGGGGGGCGGGAAAGGCAUGGGGGAAUGACCAAGGAACAAAUAUAACAGGCGUAAACACGUAGUGCAUCGAGGACCAACUCGGCCGUCUCUAAGGCACCUGCCCUUCUUGCUGAGUCGGCCAUGAUGGUCCACGGUCCAAGGCACUGUUGGCCAUCUAUCUGGCUACAGCAGCGUCUGGUGUCAGAGCCACUGGCCAGAUCUAGAAAAUAAUAAAUAGAGAAGGCAAAACCUUUAGAAGUGAGACGCCUGAGCCCUGGAACAAUAUAUGUGUCCUCUGUAAACAGUUAAACCAAACUGUGCUUUUUCUGUGAUUCCCAACGUGUCUUGCCAAACGCUUCCAUUAUCCCUUCUUUUCCUGGUGCGUAUCUAGUCUUCCAUGGUGGGUGGGAACGCUGGGAUCUGGACGGGCCUGCUGCAUAGAAGCGGAGGCCUCCCUGCUCCCAUGGGUGAGGCGGACUCCGGCCUGGCCAGGCUCAGGAGGGCCUUAAGAGGCCCCCACCACAACCUUCCCAUCACCCCAGCACCAGCUUCUUAAUUGGGGGCUUGUGGGUACAUUGCUCUGUGGCCAGUCUUCCUGGAGGCCUUCCCCUGGCCCUCACAUGGACUCCAGUGGCCUUUUCACACCUGUCCCCAUCACACUCACACUUACUCCAGUCCCUCCCCCUCAAACCAACACGUGCUGGGCUCACCAACCCUGUGUUUCUCCCCCACCCCGCAGCUACUCUGGUUCCACCGCCAGAAAAGGCAGCUGAAGAGUGGGCCCCAGCCCACCAGUCUGUCCACUGGCAAUAACCCUGAGCUGGAGGAGGUCGGAGGUGAGACUCAGAAGGGGAAGGGCAGGGAGCCUGUUGACUGGGGAGGUGGGGGGGGGGGUCAGGAAGGUCUCCGACACUGAGGAUGAGGGGUUAAUUCUAGGAGAUAGGAAAUGUAUUAAAAGUAUGAACCUUGCUGGAGUUGGGCUUACCCUCUGUCCUCUUACGAGAGAAAACUAUAGAUACCAGUCGUCAUCCUGCCCCACGAGGACAGUUCUAGAUGGACAGAAUGAAGGUGAGUGUGGACAGGAGAACCAGAAUGGGCCCCCUGGAAGUCAGGUGGACCAAACAGGCACCAGAGAUGGGCGAGUGGGGCCCCCUCAGCUUUCCACCAUUGGCUCCACUGGGCAGUGUACUCGCCGGCUUCUCCUGCCUUGUUCUGCUGUGCCCUAUGUCUGAAUGCCGCUGAUGGGGGGGGGGGGCCUCUACCCCCUUAGAGGUGGCAGAGGGGUAGCUCUUGCCCUUGGGACCCACUCAGGAACCGAUGCCCUAGGACCAGCCUCAGCCAGAUACAGGCAGUUUAAAGCAGUCCCAUGCAGGCUGAACAGAGCAGGAGCUCACUGCAGAUGUUAAGAGAAGCGCAGGCUCUGAGUGACGUUGGUGACCCAGGAGCUCUAGGGUGAACCUAGCCGUUCAAGCGCUGGCCUCUGGAACCCCCAGCCAACCUGUGAGGUCACUGUCUCCAAGACAACCGUCAGGGUGUACCAGGUCGGGGUGGGGAAGGAGAGUUCUGUUCCAGGAUCCCUGUGCCCAGCAUCCAAGGUGUGGUGAUGAAUGGGGUCUUUCGUGAACCCUUACCAGAUCCAUCAAAUACCUGAUAGUGAGCUAUGGUCAUGGGAACCCAAAGGCAGUUCCACACGCCCUCUGGGACAGGACGAGAGGGAAGCGCUGGAUUCUGAAGAAGGACAUCUGCAUUCCAGUCCCGGCUCCACCAAGACCAACAGUAACACAGCCUCGGGCCACUGACACAGAUCCAUCUGAGAGGACACAACAGACUGAUGAGGAAGAGAUGCGAACCCGUGUCUCCUGUAUCUCCUACACCACAGGCGGAUUCUUAACCUGCUGAGUUACCAGGGAAGGCCUCAGCAGCACGUGGCUGCAGUCACUGUCUUUGCUCUGAGACUCCUGGGGGGAUCACUCCUCGUGUUUCCUUUCUAGGGGCCUCAAGCCCCUGAAAAGAUGUAGUCUGUUCUGGUUCUCCUCUCAGAGAGGUUGAUCCAGGGAUGUUUCUAUAAACCUCUGCCUUGCUCCUCCA